AUGGAUCCGGAGAGCAGCGCGCCGUGCGGUUUGGCCAAAUCCGCCGCGGUCAAGCUCUCGGAGAUGAGCGCCAAGACCAAACAGCUCGGAACCGCCAUGAAGGACCCUCAUCAGCAACGACGCAUCAUCCUCGUCAUAGUUUGCGUCGCUCUCCUCCUGGACAAUAUGCUCUACAUGGUCAUCGUGCCAAUUAUCCCGGAUUAUCUCGCCGACCUGGAGAGCGAACAAAGCGAGCACGUUCAUAUCGUUUUGCAUCCCAACAACACGCAGAACCCCACUCCCAAGUCGGCCGCGAAAAACAACAACUUGGACAUUCAGAUUGGCGUUUUGUUCGCUUCUAAGGCGAUCGUGCAGCUCAUCGUGAACCCCAUUAGCGGAACGUUCAUCGAUAGAGUCGGUUACGAUAUUCCUUUGCUCAUCGGUUUGAUGGUGAUGUUCGUUUCGACUUGUAUUUUCGCGUUCGCGGAAAACUACGCCACGCUGUUCAUCGCUAGGAGCUUGCAAGGUUUGGGAUCGGCGUUCGCGGACACUUCCGGUUUAGCCAUGAUCGCCGAUAAGUACACGGAAGAGGCGGAACGAAGCCGAGCGUUGGGAAUCGCGCUCGCUUUCAUAUCGUUCGGAAGUCUGGUGGCGCCCCCUUUCGGCGGAAUCUUGUAUGAGUUCGCAGGAAAGAGAGUGCCGUUCAUCGUGCUAGCUUGUAUAUGUUUAGCGGACGGUUUUUUGCUUCUUACCGUCAUUAGACCUUUGACGAAUCGGACUCGCGAAAACAUGCCGGUUGGCCCGCCGAUCUACAAGCUAAUGAUGGAUCCUUAUAUCGCCGUAGUCGCUGGCGCGCUAACCGUAUGCAACAUCCCGCUAGCGUUCCUCGAACCCACGAUCGCUAGCUGGAUGGAGACGACGAUGCACUCGUCGCAAUGGGAGAUGGGUCUAACGUGGCUCCCGGCGUUCUUCCCUCACGUUUUUGGCGUUUACAUUACCGUCCGAUUGGCUGCGAAAAACCCAAAUUUGCAGUGGUUCUACGGCGCGCUCGGUAUGGUCAUAAUCGGCGCUAGCUCGUGUACGGUCCCGGCGUGUAAGACUUUCGGUCAGCUAAUCGCCCCGUUGUGCGGCAUAUGUUUCGGGAUAGCGCUCGUAGACACCGCCCUGCUUCCAACUUUGGCGUUUUUGGUCGACGUCCGUCACGUUUCGGUUUACGGUAGCGUCUACGCCAUCGCCGAUAUCUCGUACUCGGUCGCGUACGCCAUGGGUCCGAUCGUAGCGGGGCAGAUUGUGCAUAACUUGGGUUUCGUCCAGUUGAAUUUAGGCAUGGGUUUGAUUAACGUCUUGUACGCGCCGGCUUUGCUAAUGCUAAGAAACGUUUGCCAAAUGAAACCAUCGUACUCAGAAAGAGACACUUUGCUGGAAGACGGUCCCCAGGGUCUGUACGAUACGAUCCGGAUGGAGGAGAGACGAGGGAAGAAGAAAAACUGCGUGAACGUCGACGGAAACGGAGUGGACGCGUGGAGCGGAGUUCAGAGGUCGAUGUCGGAGGAGUCGUUCGGGAAUGACUUCACUUAA